AUGCUGAAAUUAAGGUGGGUGCUGUUCAUUACACUUUCUUUAUAUCCCUUUUUCUUUCUUUCUUUUUCUUUUUUUUUCUGCAUUUUGCUUUGAGAAAUAAAGGCAAAUUCCUAGGGAUAUCUUAUCAACAGAUACAAGUGCUGUCUUUCUAUAAAACAGGUGUGAUAUUGAAGAUAUUCUAUGAACAGUUUCUUCUUUUUCACUAUUAGUGUUUAGUUAAUUAGUUUUAUUUUGAUUAUGAACACAAGAAAGGGUCUACAAUACAAAAUGCAAUAUUUUUUUUAUGAUUCUAGUUAUUCACAUAUACGUUAAUGGAUAAUCUUUUUUUUUCUGAUCUGCAAAUAAUGUUUUGUUUUUUAAUAUAACUUUUUACAUUUUUUAUACAGAUUCAUACUUUUAUAUAGCUCCCUGUACACGAUAUAUGUAGAUAUAAUAUAUAAUGAUAUAUUAUUCUCAGCAGAAAUCCAAAAUACAGAUUUUUCUAGUGUAAUUGAUAUGACAUUUGAUAUGAUCAUUUAAAAGAAAGUUUAAAAAAAAAUUCUUUGUAAAUCUGUCAUUCCUAUUAUCGUUAUAGAGAUUUUUUUGCAACUGUAUAAUAUUACUCCAUAACUCAAUACACAGUAUUUGUUCAUCACCAUUUCUUUUAAACUAUCCACUGGCAAAAACAACAUGUUUUAACACAUUAUCCCCAGGUAUUAUAGUGGCAGGAUUUUGAGAAAUCAUUGAGCGAAUAUAAUUGCGUUUCAUAUUAAUAAGAACAAUUAUCUGUCAUUGGUAAUAAAAGUUGAAUAACCAGCGCUAGUUGUUAGCACCUGCUGAUUCCCUAGAUAUUUGUUUGUGUUUGUGCCAUGCUUAGCAAGAUAAAUACUGAACCGUUCUGUAAUAAAAUGGCAAAACAAUGCUGUAACUAUAGCAACCAGCGAAAAUAUUUCUGCAGAACAACAAUUUGCUCCCCGUUUGUAUUCCCCAGUACGGCGUGUGGCUACCAAGUCUCUAAGGAAAUACACAACCCAUUGGGUUGAGUUUAAAUUUUGCCAUUGUUAAAUUUUGACUUUGUGGUUCAACUGACUUGUAUAUCUUCUGUGUUCUAAUGCUGGAAUAUACGUAAGCAACCCAUGUCUUGUCCAUCGGACAAUACCAAAGGGUUAAAAAUCAGUAAUAUAGCGUUUGGGAUAUGGACCAAGAAUUUGAUUCUCUGAAUGAACACGUUUAGUCUUCGAUAACUACGAUUCGCUUCUUUAACUCCUAUAAAGACAAUGUAAUAUAUUCAGGAAUGUUUGGGCCAGGAAGUGCUGGUCUUUUGGGAUACAUAGAGUCCAAAUCAUUUCAUUCCGAACCUUGGCUUUGGAGGAGGAAGUGAAAUUUUAACUCUGUUUAUAUAAAGAGCAAAAUGCAAUCUACUGCAUGGAACUGUGUGUAUGAUUUUCCCUGUGUACUACAGAUUCAAUUCAAUGAGAAAGCUCUGCCCUUUAACUGGAUAUAGUAAAUAAAAUAUUAUUUAGAGAAGGCUGGAUGAUAAAUCUGUUAUCACUUUCAGUAAACAUGUGUUUGGUCUCCAGCAAUGGUAGAUACAUUGGCAUGACUGUCAAGCUUUUCAAACACUUUAUGUAAUGUGUAUAUGAUUUAUAAACACACUGUCUUAGUAUCAAGCGGUUUAAUAUGAAUGAGGUAAAUGCACACUGGGGGCAGGGAUUUUACCACGCAAAAUGGAGUGUUGAGAGACAAAUAGUCUGGAUAGAGUAUAUUUAUUCAACGAUUCUUAGAAAGCAUGGGUAAUGGCUACAGUCUGUGAUCUAAUCCUGGUAAAUAGGCACGUGGCAUUUAUUUAAUACCAAAGACAUUGUGUAAUCAUUUGUUUUCUCAAGUAUACUGUGUGCCAGUAUUCUAGUUCUGUAUAUACGAAAACCAGUCUUCAAAUUCUGGGUAUAGAACGUGGCUUCUGAUUCAAUUCUUGGUUCACUGUGAGCCAGUGAUCUAAAAUUAGAUACAUUUACGGGUAUACUGGGCGACCAUGAUCUAAUCCUAGGUAUGACAUGUGCCAAUGAUCUAAUUCUAGAUAAACAGCCAUGUGUCAAUGAUCUAAUCUUGGGAUACUAUAUGGCGAUGACCUGUUGCCGGUAUACUGGGUUAAAAUGAUAUAAUCCUAGGUAUGUCUUGUGCCAGUGAUCUAAUCUUGGGUUCCAUACCAUAUUGCAAAUACAUUCCAGGUAUGUUGAGUGUCAAUGCUCUUACUGCAUUCAUACAGUGUGCAAAAUGUUUUCAUUCUAUAUUAAAAACUGUGCCAGUGGCUUAACCCAAGGUAUACUGUGUACCUCUAGUCUAGCCAUGGGUAUAUGAUGUGCCAAAUAGUUGAUUCUAGAUAACCAGCCAUGUGCCAGCCCUCUGCUCCUGGGUAUACAGUGUUCCAAUAAUUUGAUUGCAAGUAUGCUGUGUACCAAAUCCUGGGUAUACAAUGUGCCAAUAUUCAAAGUGUCACUUAUAUAAUUUACUUUAUAAUAUAUACUUUGUGCCAAUUACCCUUUACACUUCGUGCCAGCGGUGUAAUCCAAGAUAGUCAGUCAAGUGCUGGCGAUCUAAUUCUGUGUAUAUAUAUAUUGUGCCAGUGAUCUAAUCGAAGGUAUACUGUCUGUGCCAUGUGUCAGUCCAUUACUGAUAUAAAUCCAUGCAUGCUGUGUCUGUGAUCAUAACCAGCCAUAUGCCGGAUAAUAAUUUGCAUACCUCGUGUCUUUGCCUAUUAUCCAGUGCUUGUUGUAAAUUGUUUACUAGUUUACCACUCUCUUCAGUCAACACUAUUGUACCCUCUAAUUUAUCCCUCCGCAUUGAUGCUUGUUGUGUCAAUUUUCCAAAUGAAAUAGUGAAGUUAAAGACAAAAAGAACAAACCCUUUGAAUUAAUAUUUUCCACUUCAAUCAAUGCUAGUUUAUGUAUUAACAAAAGUAUUACAAAGUCUGUACAAAAUGAUCGCCUGCUGGCAAAAUGCAAUGUAACAUGCCUCUUGUUGGCUAAGCAAUAUCUAGUUUUAGUGACUAAAUACAGACAAUUGUUGAAAUGGUUGAAACUGGCUUCUAUGAUUCUGAUACCAAUGAGAGCACUUCAUAAAAGAAUUAGCUUUGUAUUACUGUCAUACUAAAGAAUAUCCAUGAGAGAGCCCCUAAAAUAUUCAUAUUUCCUCUAUCGUUACUAUGAAUAUGCUACAUUAGCACCAAAACAUGCGCCAGAUAAGGUAUAGUCCGAUUUAAUGGAGAUUAAGACGAUAUUGGGUUCCACUAGAAUCUUAAGUUGGGUCUGUAAGCCAUGUAAGACUCUUAAAGGACCACUAUAGUGCCAGGAAAACAUACUCGUUUUCCUGGCACUAUAGUGCCCUGAGGGUGCCCCCACCCUCAGGGUCCCCUUCCCGCCGGGCUGGAUGGACAGGAAGGGGUUAAACUUAUCUCUUUCUCCAGUGCCGGGCGGGGAUCUCUCCUCCUCUUCGGCUGAAUGCGCAUUCACAAUGCUUUCCUAUGAACGCUGGCGUCUUCUCAAUGUGAAAAUCACAGUGAGAAGCGCAGAAGCCCUCUAGCGGCUGUCAAUGAGACAGCCACUAGAGGCUGGAUUAACCCAUUUAUAAACAUAGCAGUUUCUCUGAAACUGCUAUGUUUAUAGAAAAAAGGGUUAAACCUAGCUGGACCUGGCACCCAGACCACUUCAUUAAGCUGAAGUGGUCUGGGUGCCUAUAGUGGUCCUUUAAGGCUGGAUCUCAUCAGGCUGCUAGUUUACCUUAAUAGCACUAUUAGAAUUUUAGGGUGCUUAGCACCAAUAUUAUUUAUCCUUAGGUCAAUUCAUUCUACAUAAAUGUUUUACGGCUAGGCCCUGGAUGGAACUAAUCAAGCGUGAUAAGCAACCAUAGGCACUCCAGAUGUUGUGGACUACAUCUCCCAUAAUGUUUUUACAUCUAUAAUGCCUGCAAAGCUUUAGGGGGAAUGUAGUUCACAACAUCUGGAAUGCCCAAGGUUGCCUACCAUUGAAUUAGUGCUGUCCUACUGACAGGCACAAGACUGAAUCUAGCCUGCCUCUGUGCCUCUUACAAUUUUUGCUCUUAUGGUUGUUGUGUAAAUGCAUCCACAUUCAAGCCAUCCCAAACUCAUCUUAACUAUGAGCUUACACUGAUUCUCCUAUCAUUAGCAGGUGAACAGUCAACCUCUGCCAUUUUCCUUGCUUCUGUCUUUUCUUUUCUAAAUUGUCUCUCUGCUUCUUUUACAAUAGCAAGCAAAGUUACAAUAAAUUGACAGUCCCCCUAACACAUUGAACGACCCUGGUCAGCCAACUCUGAACUUCCUUCCUUUAACAUAUCUUCCUCUUCCUUCAUCGUAACUUGCAUCCAAUUUAUUAAACAGUCUGAAAACUCAUUGACAUUGUCUUUCCCUAAGCAUGUUCACAACUAACUUUACACUGUCAUACUCUGAAAGAUGUUUAUGUAGUAUGGUGGGUGUCCUCUUUACUCACAAAACCAUUUAGACUUCUGUGCUUCAAGACCAACAUUCCUUGCUCUACUUUAUACUCCUUGACCUUUCCAUCACCCUUGAUAAAUUUGGGUGGCUAAAAUUUGGCUAUCUUCGUUUUGCACUCAUAUGGCGGUCGUUCAAUCUUCCUAAAUUUUCAUACACAGUGUCUUUCACCGUUAAUCCACCCUGCUCGGCCCUCAUCAUGUGAGUGUACCACAAGGUUCUGCUUCAGGAAGCCUUGGGAGGCUAAUGCGAUUGUGCGAUAAAUUGCUGGGCUACACCAAUCAGCAUCUCCUCAUAUAGAUGAUUCAAUCAGUCCAUCUCUAUGGGCAGCAUUCAGCAUCUGCAUGAAUAUCUCUGAGCUGCUCAAUGUUGGUCCUGCGAUCUUUGCAGGACCGACACAGGAAGUCCCUCUAGUGGCUGUCAGAGUAACUGAGAGGGCCUCAGAAAAGGCAGAAUUUAUGUAGCCCUUUUCUCCCCCACUCCAGUCCAGCAAUUUAAAAUGACUGACAGAUCAUGAUUUCGGUCCAAGUAAACAGGCCAACAAUUGCCAGUUCUAGAGUAUUCACUGUAAUAUUUUGGACCCUGGCAUCAUAUAUGUAGAUGUGGCCUGGAGCUGUACCUAAUUACAUUAUUAGAACAUCAAGUCGACCAAUUAUUGAUGCAACUGGUGUUUGACCUUCAGUCAAAAUCUAGAGUACACAUUUCCAAAGCUUUAAAUACAUGAAAAGCCUUGAGAUUGAUAAUUAACAGAGAGAAAAGAAGUCUGUUUUUUCCUUUCAAUUUUUUUCCACAAAUUAGUGAAUCAUUUCUGAGCUUGAUUCCUGUACCAGAAAGUAACGUAGAGAGCCAAGUAAAAUAUUAUAUUAGCACAGACCUGGCAGAUGCACUCCCAUACCUUUCAUUACUGGAAGUGAAGCCAGCUGUACUAUGCUCUCCAGGAAAUAGUUAAUUAGAGUAUCAAAGGAUCAAUGUAUAUCCCAGGGAUCCCCAAAAAUACUUAGUGUUUAUUUGUAUGGAAUGUAAGGGGCUUUAUAUACGAGAUUGAGAAUUACCAAUAGGAUUGCAAAUUUUAAGCCAUAAUAUCCAAAUUGGAAAUAUUCUCAAAAUGUUAUAUUUUUGUCUAAAAUCUCUAAUCCCCUCAAAGGUUCUCUACAAUUCCCAGGUUUGUAAGUAAACUCCAAGGGUUUGAUUUCCUAAAUAGUGAAUUGUGGUCAAUUGAAAAGUAAAUAUAAAGUUCCAUCUUGUGAAAUCCGUUAUCUCUAAAACUUCGAUCAUUAUAACCAUCAGCAGAAUGUUGAGAUCAGUGCUUUAGAGACGCAUGUUUCUUGUGCAUUCACUGCCACCAUGGACGGCCUGCAUCUGUUCUGCAUGUUAACCUAUCAUCACUUAAUAAACACCUUCAGAACAGGGCCGUUGUAAGAAUUUUUGCCUCCCUAGGGAAAAAAAAAUUGGCCCCCCAAUUUGUUCCACCCACUCAUGCAGACACACACUGACCCAUGCACACACUGACCCAUGCACACACAUAUAGACAUGCACAAACACAAAUUCUUCACAAAUACAUAUUGUGAUGUCCCAUUGACCCACUUACCUUUCUUCAUCUUUGACUGCUUUUCAUGUGUUCCUAGCAGCUACCCCGCCCCUGGCCGCUUUCACUUCAUCUCAGCCCUGCCCCUGCUAUGCUCCCGUCCACUUGUCCCCACGUACAGGGCAAGGGGCGGGAGCAAGAAAUUGAAGCGCCUUUGCGCUGUUGCGUCAAUGGGAGUUCUUGUGGAGGGUCUGGCUGAGCAGGCUGUUGUGGAUGCCACCGGACCAGUGUUACACCAGGCGCUAGUAAGCAGCCAUGUAAGUGCUCCGUAACGCCCGGUAACAUGGCCGGCGGCACGAUUUGUAUAAAUAUUCAAACACAGAGGAGCAGCCAAACGGGCAGAGCAGGAAAACUCCUGCUGGCGCCCCCCUUUAAGCAGCACCCUAGGCGGCCGCCUAGUUAGCCUGUAGGAAGCGCAGCCCUGCUUCAGAAGCAACAUACACACGCCUUCCGACAGUCGGAGGUACGAAAACAGAAUGGGUCAGUAGGUGGACCAGAAGGGUGGGUCCAAAUGUUUAAGGGUUCAUUGUGGAAGUGUGCAGGACACCAGAAUAAUGGUCGUGCACGCACAACAAGGUGACAGAUGAGUACUCUGACCAGUCCAACUCAGGACAGACCAUGUGGAGAGAACUCCUGAAGGACUAGUUAGAGCCCAUUUAAUGAUACAUUUUUGUUUGGCUAAUUUAAGGACAUUUGUCGUGUUCCCAGAUGCAAGAUACUAGAGAACAGACCCAGGGUGACAGGACAGAAUGUGGUGGUUUUGAUGUGUAAAGAUAUCAUCCCUUAUAGUCUGACAGACAGGUCAGGUCUGACUCACUCUUUCAGUACUGUGCUAACAGACAUCCCAAUGCAGAAAAAAAGGUGUAUAAAUGGUGCUAAAACAAGACAAUAGAUAUAUCCCAGUGCGUCUCAAACCACACAAGUGUUAUGUCACCUUAAACACUUACAUACAUAAAGUUUGGAUACAAAAGAGAGAGGUUGGCGCACACGAUGGAUAACUUUGUGAAAAUCUGUAAUAAAUAUAACAGAACCUUCAUAGGGCAACAUAUCCCUAUCGUCUUAUAUAUGUUGCCCCAUGAAGGUUCUGUUAUAUUUAUUACAGAUUUUCACAAAGUUAUCCAUCGUGUGCGCCAACCUCUCUCUUUUGUAUCCAGACAUCCCAAUGCACCUACUGCUUUUUUAAUCCACAUCAUGCUGGGGUUGGUCCAGGUUCUCUUCCCUCCUAUCUCUUUACACAAGUAGAUAGUUGGGUGCUAGAUUUCGCCUCUGAUGAGACAUACUCUGAUGGUUGCCUUUAGGGUGAGGACACCCAAUAGGCCUAUCAAGCCUGUGAGCCCUGAGUUAGAUGCACCACCUGCACCGCCAGUAGCUCGAUGCUACACACAAAUUCAGAAAAAACACCUUUGUUAGACUUUUUGCUUUGAGUCUCUGGGAAUGUCAGUGUCACAAUGAGCAGUAUAAAAAAACAACAACUUGUAUAUUGUUUAUAUAAAAAUAAAUUAUAUGUAUAUGUGUAUAUAUAUAUAUAUAUAUAUAUAUAUAUAUAUAUAUAUAAUAUUUUUAACUGCUUCUUCUAUUUUCUAUACCAUUGGUUGCUUUUCUCAUUGAUCUGUGAACCAAAUUGCAGGAAAAGGUGUGUAAUAUUUAUAUUAUGUAUUUACUUUGCAGUAGAAUGUCCAAUUUUCCCACCAUUGUCUCAACUUAUCUCUAUAGGGAGCAUAUCAUGUCUCCAUUUAGAGCAUGGAGACAUUAAACAGCAGUGCUCCACACUGUGCAGCACUGCCCCAGGAAGCAUCUCUACUGGCCAUCUGCGGGAAAAAAAAUUCAAAAUGAGCUGGCAUGGAAACCAACCCACAAUGCAGAACACACAGUAAAAGGCAUGCAAACGAUGAAGCUCAGCUCCCUACCUUUCCACCGCUUGAGAAAUGCACCAAAAAAGUUCCAAAAAGUCCCAAAACCACUGCAAAAAUUUUCCAGAAUGGCUUCAAAACUCGAUGCAAAAGCUGCUCCAACACCUCCACACUCGACGCCACGUGCUACCCACAUGCACCGGGGCGAUGCUAUAAAUCUCCCAGGUGCAAUGCAUCCUGGGUAAACUUGCUUUGUAUUGCGAAAAAUUUUUGUAAACCGAGGCAUUAUUUCAAAUGGAUUUUCAUUUGUAAACCGAAAAUUAUGUUAACCGAGGCAUUUGUAAACCGAGGUACCAGUGUACAUUAGUUGUUCUGGUGACUAUAGUGUCCCUUUAAUUUUUGGAAUAUGUGUAUUGGCUGAACCAGAUUUUUUUCACCAUGCCUAGUGACAUUUUUGUAAAGGAAGAAAAAAAAUGGGUCCUGUUUUUAGGUUUAAAAUAAUAAGUUGGACAAAAAAAGUCAGGAUGUGUAAUGAUGGCAAAACUGAUAUUAAAUAACGAAUUCAACUAUUUUAAAGAGAUUUUGCACCAGAAAUUGUUUAGUAAAUAGCCAAGCUUACCUCUUUUUUCCACGAUGCCGUUUUUUUAAUUCUAUGUACAGGUGAUAUUUGAAAAAUUGCAAAAGUUCAUUUAAUGCAACGUAAAAGGGGAAACUAAUAUAUGAGAUAGACGCAUUACAUGCAAAGCAAGAUAGUUCAAGCCGUGAUUUGUCAUAUGUGUGAUGAUUAUGGCUUACAACUCAUGAAAACCCUAAAUCCACAAUCUCAGUAAAUUAGAAUAUUGUGAAAAGGUGCAAUAUUCUAGGCUCACAGUGUCCCACUCUAAUCAUCUAAGUAAGCCAUAACACCUGCAAAGGGUUUCUGAGCCUUUAAAUGGUCUCUCUUUAAAUGGUUCAGUAGGAAUCACAAUCAUGGGGAAGACUGCUGACCUGACAGUUGUGCAGAAAACUAUAAUUGACACCCUCCAUAAGGAGGGAAAGCCUCAAAAGGUAAUUGCAAAGGAAGUUGGAUGUUCCCAAAGUGCUGUAUCAAAGCAUAUUAAUAGAAAGUUAUGUGGAGGGGAAAAGUGUGGAAGAAAAAGGUGCACAAGCAGCAGGGAUGACCACAGCCUGGAGAGUGUUGUAAGGAAAAGGCCAUUCAAAUCUUUUGGGGACUUUCACAAGGAGUGGACUGAGGCUGGAGUCAGUGCAUCAAGAGCCACCACACACAGACGGAUCCUGGACAUGGGCUUCAGAUGUCGUAUUCCUCUUAUCAAGCCGCUCCUGAACAACAAACAACGUCAGAAGCGUCUUACCUGGGCUAAAGAAAAACAGACGUGGUCUGUUGCUCAGUGGUCCAAAGUCCUCUUUUCUGAUGAGAGCAACUUUUGUAUCUCAUUUGCAAACCAACAACAACAAAAAAAACACCAUAAAAUAUAAUUAAAAAAAAAACAAGAACUGGAAAUUUGAUGACCGGUGUCCUUUAACCUCACGGUAGUUUACACCCCUGAGAUGUUUUAGUUGGCAGAUCGUGUGAGAAUGUAUACUGGUUAUAAGGGAUAAUGGCAACUCCCUAUCUGCAUUUAGUAUUAUGAUAAACAAUGUAAAAUUGAAAGAUUUGUGUACAGGACCCUGUCUGAAACAUUGUAUUUAAUACAUGGCUUUGUUUUGUUACUUGGCAUAGACUCCGAGGCCUCUUAUUUCACAGGCUUCCAUGAUGUUGGCAUAUAGUGUGUUGUCUUUGUGCCCAAGGAGUGCCAGGCAGGUUUCCUGUCUGAAGUCAUGCUGAAGGGGACGGGGGGAGGGAUGCAGAAACUCAAUUAUUUCACUUUUCCAUAUUGAAAGAAAUGAGAUAACUUCUUCUUUAAUUGCUCCAUUGUUAAAUGACAUGUAUUUGUUAUUUCUUGGUAAAAGCAAAAGCUGAACUCUUAUAUCCCCUGAAUAAUUUCAUUUUUGUGGUCAAAAUGAGAAGAAAAACAUUGAAGAAGUUAUCUCUCCACAUAAUCUGGGGGUAAAUAAAAGUCCGGGAAUACAAUUAGAUAGAUUAGACUUUGUGAAUAAUGUUACACCUUUUGUUAUUAUGUUCACAUGACUAAAAAUAUUAUUUUUGUCUCUGUUUCAGACUAUUGCCUCUGCUUACUCUCAUCCUGUGCCUUACAGAUUCUGGGAACGCCCAGGUAAGGUUUGAUGGAUCUGUGAUGAAUGUGAAUAGACUAUAUUCUACCACUUUAUACUCCAACACCAACACCAACUUACUAGUGUUUCAUAAAGGCAGGAUGGGAUCACCUUACCAGUCUAAAUUUGUGCUUUAAAUAUAAGAAAUUUUCUCAAGGUGUGAAUUGCCAAGAAUUCUAAAUAAAUAUCCCAUUCUAAUAUACCCCCCAACACUGGUGUCUCUUAAUGCAGGAAGCCUGGGGACGAGGUUUAAGGCUGCAGGCUAAUGGUGUAAACAAUGUCACUGGUGCCACCCAAAAGAGGUGAACCUGCCCAGAAAAGGAGUGGUCUGCUCGGAGAAUAGACAGGCAUGCAUCAUGCCAAGCUAAGGGACAAAUAUCCCACAGACAGGCCCUCUAAAGGCAGUCCUUGCUGAGAUUUUUAUUAGAGGUGAUAUUACUUUAGUUAUUGCAGUCCUGGGAAAAAUAAAUUUCUUCACCUCUUUUAGCUCUGACUGAUAAAGGCAUGCAACACGUUUGGUGGUCUGAGAAUACAUGCCUUAUUUAGGAACAUUUUUGUUCUGAUGAAAGAUAUCUGUAUACAAAGAUAUAUUUUUUUCUCUGUUUAAAACCAUAAGAAAUUAGCCCAAGUUAAUAAAAAAAUAAAAAAGAAAAGAAAAAGGAGAGGAUUAAACAGGGGCAAACAGGACAAUUUAGUCUUUUUUUAGGGUGCAGACGCGCAUACCUGGCUCACCAGCUGCAAACAUACAAUUAUAUGAAAGAACCUGUUUGAUGUACUGUGGGCUUGGGCGGUAUGCAUAUUCCAUACAUUUUCUUGUAUGUGCAGGGGUAAGCAUGCAGUGUGGAGAUGAGCUUAUGCAAAAAUCUCUGUGACCAUUCUAUGCAGAGAGAAUACAAAAGAUUAUGUUGUUUGGCAUUUGUCUUUAAAAAUCUAGGUUUUUAAACAUGCUAAUGCAAAUGCUGAAUCCAACUGAAAUAAGUGUAUCCAAUGUCAAUUCCCCUAUUGCUGUGAAUCACUGCCAAAUAGAACAGCUGUCAAGGCAUGGGACUCUACUGGCUAGUUGUAGAGAUGAGCUUCUUAAAGGAAAAUGACUAGACAUCUAAACAACAUGCAUAGCCAAAAAGUUUCAACACAAUUAAGGGGAUAUUACUAAUACUGUUGUUUUGCUAAGAUACACUGUGGAUGAAUGAGAAUGAUGGGAAUUAUUGAUCUGUGCCAGUUAAUUAGCUUGUUUUUUUUUUUGGCUAUUCCUCCCCAAAAGCCUGUAGAAAUAUUUUCAGUGACCUCACUUGAGACCUUAUGUUUAUGACCUGAAGCCCAAUGAUCAAUUUUACCAUAGUAAGAAUGUUAAAAUAAUCUCCUGUAAAUUUAUUGGAACAGAGUAUGCAGCAUUGAGUUAAUAAAUAGGACAGUAAAUGGAUGUGACUGUGUUUACUGUGGUAAUGGUACAAGGGGUGGAUUUCAGGGUUUUAUAAAUGUUUGUCUGUGCCUACUGCCCAUCACGUGUGUAUCCCUGCUGCAGUACUGAUCUACCCAACAAGCACCUCCAAUUUCACUACCAGUAUCGAGAAGACAUGCUUAUACUAUGCAAAACACAGUCAGGGCAUUAAGCCCAUGUCCAGAGCUUUUUAAAGUGCUUGUGAGCCGUGAACAAAAUCUCAAUAAAGAUAAUGUUGAAAAAAAGUGCUGUAUGCAUGUGCUAGCCCGAGUGGGGUUGUUUUCAGUCAGCCUGGCAUGCGUUUAUGCCAGGCUGACACAUCCCUUUUCUAAGAUGACACGCCCCUUUCCAGACACAACUGACUAUGUGUGUAUUGCCUGUAAUACAAGUAGUGCCCCUGGCAUUCACCCAUAGGCCCACCACUCCCUGUCCCCAUUUCAUAGCUCCCAGUUAGAGGUGUGGAAUGUCUGUAAUAUUUGUGUUGCUGCAGAGGGAAUCGAACUUUGUUGGCCAAAAUAGUCAAAACGAAAAACCUCUUGAACUCUGCUGUAUUCCUUUUGUACUGGUGUUUUUCUAUGAUGCUAUUUGCUAAACAAAUUGUAAUGAAUUGAAGCCCAAAUUGCAAUCGUUAUGCCAAAAAAAGCAGACUGGAAAAACACCUUAUCUUUGUCAGAAAAAAAGCCAAAGAGUGCCCACCCAGUGUGAAGUCCAGCUCUACAACAUCUCUGCUGAAAGAGUGUAUCAUGGUCUAUAAGUAAGAUACUGUAGGACCGUGCAAUAAGCAGUGAACCAGAUCCACCUGCAUAUGGUUUAAGGACAUCAUUGCUUCAUAAUAAGGGAAUGAAAUAAGCCCUAUGUAAAAUCUUGAAGGACAUCUUCCAAUAGAAGUGGGGUUGGAUACAUGCAUUAGUGGUUUGCGUAGCAGAUAUAAGAUCCACUGAGGUAAGGUCUGGGAAAACCUUGGGUGAAGUCCUCCAGAUGCUACAGUUGAGUGUUCUGGUCAAUAACAUAUCAGAAUAUUUGGCAUACAGUAGCAGUAGAGCGAUAGGCUAUUAUCGGCUAUUAGGAUUUAGGGUAGAACUGUCCAGUCUGUUUGUAAAGUCAGAAGUAGUAAGAGAAGUGAAGACCUUUCUCAGGUAGGAGGAUAAUUGUAUUUAGCAUAAAGAAUGAAACUUAUGUAAUUGAACUUGAGUAAUUUAACUAGAUGCAUACUUGCAAAAACAUAAUGUUCAAUUAUAUAAUUUUUCAACUGAAGGGUAAUAGCUUCCUGAUUCAAGGAUAAAUCUGACUGCCAUUCUUCGAUCAAGAGGGAAUUUUUUUCUUAGUUUGUUGCAAAAUUGGAAGCGCUUCAAACGGUUUGGUUUUUUUUUUUUGCCUUAUUUUGGAUCAACCGCAAAGAACAAAUGUAAAGAAGGCUGAACUUGAUGGACACAUGCCUUUUUCAGCCAAUGUAACUUGUGAAUAAAGAGCAAGAUACAUAUAUGUUUAUAAGUAUCUGAGUCUAUAAAAUCUUGAAUUCAAGCAAAAUGUAGUUCUAUGAGGGUGUAAAAUAUAUGAGGGGAGAAUCCCAUUCUGAAAUUACAGAUUUCCCAGCAAAGGUAAAUAAGAUGUAGUGGAUUUGAUUUGUUUUAAACUUUAUGCCAAGCUUAACAAGUAGUAAACAAUAAGGGAUUUUCCCUCACCCCAUGAGAACAGUUGCAUGAGCAAAUAUUAAACAGUGAAAACAUAAAUAUUAAAAUUUUAAAAUAUCUUGCUACUAUCACCUUGUAGGUCACCCAACCACAUAAAAACACAUUGUAUCAAAAAUAGUAAAUUGUGGUGAGAGCACACUUGAACAAUGUAUGUGAUACAAUACACACGUGCUAUUUUACUAUGAACUGGAUAAAAAUUUCCAAAAUUCAAAAGAAUAGUAGACCAUAGUGAAAUAUGUAUAUAUUGAAUAAUACUAUAAAUAAACAAAAAUUGGUCUUACUCACAUAUUGCUGAGCCACUUAAUAGUGAGCUCAGACUUUCAGUGCCUUUUGUAUAGAUGUUGCUGAAAUCAAUUGCGGGAUUGAUGACACCACAUAAAGUAAAAGUACGUUAUAAUCAGGAUGUAGCAAGCCAGCCCAAUCCGGUCAGGUGAUUGUACUCUGUGGAACUACUUCACAAUGGAGAGACUUUAACCCGGUAGAGACGUACCCAGAAAAAUUACGUACCCGGAACUUAAUUAAGAUAUCGGACACACAGGUGCUUCCAAGGAUUAUGUGCCUUUUUUCAAAUUUAAGAAGCAGACACUACUACAGAAAAUCUAAGAAGCACUUUGAGAAAGACAUUGGUCGAAACGCGUUAGUGCAGUUGCUAAUAGAGAUUUAAACGCUUUUAUUAUUACUUUUACUUUUACUCUACUUUUUUGCUUUUAUUGGCAAACUGAAUGAGAGAGGCCCAGUAACCAGAGGAAUAUUACAUCAGCUUGAUCUCCGCAGCAUCUACACAAAAGGUGCUGAAAGUCUGAAAGUCCCACUAUUAGGUGGCUCAGCAAUAUGUGAGUGAGACCAAUUUGUGUUUAUUUAUUGUAUUAUUCAAUAUAUACAGAUUUCACUAUGGUCUACUACUCUUUUGUAUUUAAUGCAUUUUUAUCCAAUUCAUGAUAACAUAGUAUGUGUGUAUUGUCACCACAAUUCACUAUUUUUGAUGCGUGAGUGAAUACGUAAGAGAGAUGUUUACUGUCCGGACUAAAAGCGUGAUCUAACUCUGGCCACAGAUAGGUAGACUGGUCCCAGACAAAUUCGAUUGCAAAACUGUACAAGGAUGCCCAAUUAAAGGUUUGGGAAGUUUGCAGUUUUGUUUUCAGUUCACCACAUUUUAGUUUUGUGAAUUAACCCCCUUUCGUGACAUCUUGUGAUGCUGAUACUGUAAGUCUUUCAUAGAGAUGUCGCGAACCGUUCGCGAACUUCCCGCGAACGGCUAGCCGCGGUUCACCACGAACCGUUCGCGGCGAGCUCCGGUCAGCUGACACAUCCCGGCCAAUCUCCAGCAGACCCUCCCUCCCAGACACUCCCACCUCCUGGACAGCAUCCAUGUUGAAGCUGCCGGUUCGCGACAUCUCUAGUCUUUCACAGUUGCCAUCAUUUGAAAAAACAUUUCCAGGGACACUUUGUAGAAGUACACACACAGAUGUAAACACAUACUCUCAAAGAGAUACUUGUUUAAUGACACACACAAAGAUGCAUAUGCACACUGACACAUACAGAAAGAAAAAACAAACAUGUUUCUUUCUGUGUCACCUUCCUGUGGCUCCUGGGGUGACUGCCCAGAAAUACAGAACAGGUCCUGCAAUCCAGGCGUUUUUGCAUGAACAGGAGCCCAAAAGAUGGGACUGUAGACAACUAUAGUUCUUUGGCAGCCAUGCCUGUACUAGGGAAAUCUGGAUUCACAAGUCUAGACUUUGUUUAAUUUUCAAUUAAUUCAUUACUCACUAAUAGCUAAAUAUUAUCAUUGUUUCCAUUCACAAUGUGAGUUUUGUGAAAAUGAUAUAUUAUCUGUUUUCACCCUGUCUUUUAGACACAGUGCAACAAUGGCUUCGAGAUGGACCGAUCAUCUGGGCAAUGUUUAGGUAGGACAAUACUGUAUGCUUAUUGAUGUGGAGUUAUGUGGUACAAACACACUGCACAUUACUGUGGGUUUUAUUCAUUUGUAGCUCUCUGAAUAAUUACACACACUGCUCAUUACUGUUUUAUCGUUGUGGAUUUGUUAUACACGGCACAUUACUGUGAGUUUCAAUGUGAGUUUUACACUCACACACAUUAAACCAGGGGUAGAUCCCCAGAUGUCGUAUAUAUCUACAACUCUCAUGAUGCUUUGUCAUUCCAAAAGCAUUCUAAAACAUGCAAAACAUCAUAGGAGUUGUAGUUCUACAACAUCUGGGGAUCUACCUUUUGGGCACCCCAUGCAUUAGCCAUUACCAAGAGUUCUAUUGCUAUGGAAUGGUGGAGGAAGGGCCGUGGGGGAGAGCGGGGCAGUUUUUGUUCUAAUUAAAAAUAAAUGAAAUCUAUUGAUUAAUGUUAUGUAUGUUAUAUAAAAAAAAUAUGUGUCAUUUGGUUUUACAAUAUACCCUCCCCCCUCCUUCAUGAUGGCUAGCGAUGCUGCAUAUAUCCUUCUCGGACAUGCUUGGCCUGCUGUAGUAGCAUUUCUGAAGUCACCAACUGGCUUUGUAUUGGUCUAUUGCAUCUUGUACACUCUUAAAGAUGUUUUAUCCUGUAUUCUAGGCAUGUCAUUGGGUAACAGUAUUAAUUGGUGGAGUUAGUAACUUUUUAAAAAUUGGCUAUUGUUUAGCAAAUACAUGUAUUUAUAGACAAAUGUAGUUAAACAGGACAUAGCGCCUCAUUGGGCCAGGGAUGACAACAUGGUGUUUAGUGUACAAUGUCAAAUUCCCAAUGUAGAGUAUAACACACCACCAUCUUGGAACAUCACCAAAUGCCUCCACUGGGGUGCUUUGUGAUAUAUUCACACACUGUACAUUAUUGUGAGUUUUAUUGCUUUGAACUCUAUGAUACACUCACACACUUUGUACGCUACUAUGAGUUUCAUCACUAUGGAGCUUUGUGACACCCAUAAAUUCUUACUUAAAAAAAAAAAAAAAAAAAUGAUACCUAGGUAGAAAAGAGGGACUGGGUCUGAAAUAGACACUGUUUCAUCAAAAGAGGGACAAAUUUAAAUAUAUAAACAAGGAUAUUGGCCUUAUUAGACGUCAGGAUUUAGGGCUUCUUUAAUACUAUGCAAGAAAUAUGAGCAUAAAAAAUGAAUUUAAUUAUCUUAAAGUAAAUGUAGAUAAUUGGCUUCUUGUUCUCAGCCUUGUAAUACAUUUAAUAAAUUAUGUAGUUGUGUAAUACGUAGUACAAAGGAGAAGUUUUACUGUGAUGUAUUCAUAAAACAGAUUGGAUUGAACCCAGGGCUAAAUUGCAAUAUUUAAUCCCACUGGGGUAUUUUGACCUAAAUAAAUGAUGCAGCUUGGUAUAGUUAACACUAGACACUCUUUAUCAGCCAAACCUCUUUCCAGAGUUCUGAAUUAGGUCCAGUAUGUCUAAUAGCAGUCCAGCUACCCCCUCCAUAGUUUGUUGUAAACAUACAAGAUGGCUGCCUCAGGCAGUCUUAUUUCUAUGUAAAGAAUAUCUCCCAACAUUUAAAAUGGGCAAAAUACUAUUUGCAACUAAAAUGUAAUUUAGUUCAAGAAUAAUUAAUGUAUCUUUUUUACACAGACUGAUUUCUAAACACAUUUAUAGUGGUUUAAAGACCCAUUGCUGUGAGCAUUAUUGCUGUGGGGUCCUGGAAUAAACUCACAUACCAACAAUAUGGACUUGCUUAAAAAGAAGGACAUUAUGAUAGGACAGAGGGAUUUGGACACAAAAUAGUGACUGCCCCUCAUUUGGGAGGUAUGCGUAAACUGGACAAGUCAUUGAAUUCCAGUGGUGCAGCAUAUAUAUAUAUAUAUAUUUUGGAUUGCCGAGCACUGAAACAAUGAAAAAACUCAUUAUUCUAUCUACACCAUGCAAUGCAAAUUACACAUGUUAUGCUAAAUUAUGCAGUGGUGCCUUAUGGUUGGUAAAUUAACUGCCCCUGUACAUGCUACGUUUUGUGUUUUGAUUUUUUUCCACACAGUACAAACAUAUCUCGAAAACAUAAACAGAACUUUAUCAGUGUGCACCAUCUGUCACAUUCCUCUGUUUGUUUUGUCUAGAUGUGGAUGAGUGUCGUACCAUCUCAGAUGCUUGUCGGGGGGAUAUGAUGUGCGUGAACCAAAAUGGAGGCUACCUCUGCAUUCCCCGAACAGGCACCACGUUCAGAUCACAAUACCGCAACUCCUUCCUCCCUGCUGUGGCACCCCUACCUUCACCAAACUUCCCAUCUCCAUCCCGGCCCCUUAUAUGUCGCUUUGGGUACCAAUUGGAUGAUAACGGUCAAUGUGUUGGUAAGUGAUGUCUGUGCCUCAAAUCAGUUACAUAUGUGGAUGCUUUAAUUAAGCAAUGUAAAUUGGAAAAAUACCUCUUAAUAGAGCUUGAUUAAUAUUUUACAGGAAGGCUGACUAUUUCAGAUCAAUAGGCCUUACAUAUUUAAUUAAGUCAAUGGUUGUGGCUUAGUGAGAGGUUUUUCACAAAACUCUGAAUUAUAACAAAUUAAAAUAAGAAUGGCACAAUUGAGGCUAGCUGAGAUCAAUCUUGAGAUAAUAUUUUUUUUCCUUAAUCUAAAUUUUAACAUUUAAAUUUACUUAACGUCCUUUAUUUUAUUUAUUUAUUAAUAUUUCUGAUAAUUUGUAUAUUACCGGAGUCUUCCUUAUUAAUGCACCUCACUGCAGCCUCCUUCCUAAAGCCCUUAUCUGUUUAGAUGCCUGUCACGGAAGCUCCCGUGCCACAGCCUGCUGGAGAGGCAUAACUGUUAGCCUCCUGCCCACAGACUAUGGGCCUGGUCACAUGAAAAGAACUACAAAGCAACAGGGUGAUUCCUUGCACUAAUUGCCACCUCCCCUUGUGCCAAUACACCAUGACAACAAAAGGUUAUCUUGGUUGGACCCUCUGUCCCUUCGGAGCAGUCUCUGGUUACGCCAAUGCGGCCCUUUGCUGUAGUGGAUAGACUUGCUGGCUCUAACAGCAUGUGGUCACUCAUAGUGCAGCAUUUAACAUGAUUAGCCCACAGAAUACAUUUCACACCUAACUAUACUUUAUAAUUUAUGGAGCCCCCCCUUUGUUAACCCACAGCUGCAUGUGCAGACACACACACUGCUCUGUGUAUAAUGCGGGUACACAGUACAGCAAUAUCUGGAUACGUGGAAGACGGUCAUGGAAGUGGCACCACAAGCUUUUGGCUUGCGCCAAACAAAUCAGGCCAUGCAUCACAAUGAUAUAUAAGAUAUGCGGUUACAUUGUGUUAAUGUUGAGUUAUUAUGUAAAAUGUUGAGCUGGAUGAAGCUAUUGUGUUAAUUGUAUGUUUUUUUUUUUUGUACCUUGGAGAUAAUUGAGUUUGUACAGUUCCUGACUCAAUUAUCUCUCAGGCACAGGGGAGGUAGACAAGGAAUCUCUGCGUGUUCAUGUCCGUGUCUUAUAGGUGCUGGCCUACGAACCGGCCUGGUGCUGGAGGAAUGACUGGUACUACCGCUGGGAUGUUACUGCCUGCCAGACUCCAUGCUUUAUGUUUCCCGACCUGGGAAUAGGCUGACUAAUAUAGGGUCAUCGACCUGCAUUGUCACUCCUAAACAAGAGGUUUAAUAUCACACCCUUAAAGUGACCAUCUUGUCUUCAAAUUUUAUUUUAAUUUGGGUCUGUUUUCUUUUGAUUUGAUUUUAACCCAUACGUGAUGCCCCUGGCGCUGUCAUAGUGGAUAAUUUCAUCGCUUCAUGCGAGUAAAUGAUGCUUGUUAUUCUUAGCGAGUGAAUUCAUGCCACUAUUCAUAUAUUUAGAAUUUACACCUUACUACAUACUUGUAUUUGAUCAUGCUUGUCUCACUUGUUGAUUACGUUACUCCAUAACAUAUUGUGCUUUAACUUUUAAACUGAACUUUAAUGCUUCGCUUCCCACCAAAUCUCGCUGUCAGUUUGUGUACGAAUAAUAAAAUCAGCCUGUCUAAUCAUGUUCUGUUAUGUGUUUAUUGCAGAUAUUGAUGAAUGCGUAAGUGAAACCCAUCACUGUAACCCAACCCAGAUCUGUAUAAACACAGAAGGUGGAUACACCUGCUCCUGUACAGAGGGAUACUGGCUGCUGGAGGGACAAUGUCUAGGUAAGCUUUGGGUGUUUGCUCCUCAUGAUGCCAAGUUUCAGAUAGAACUGUGACAAUCCAAUUUUUGAGGUGCAGGAAAGAAGCCAAUACUGUAGUAGUAAAUGGUUGGUUCUGAUUCAGACGCAGAUCGAAACCUCAGUCUCAAGCACCCAUUAUUUGUGUCCUACUCACAAAGUGCACAUUCUGGAUCAGGAGUAGGCAACCUUUGGCACUCCAGAUGUUGUGGACUAUAUCUCCCAGAAUGUUCCAUGCUUUCAUGGCAAAGCAUCAUGGGAGAUGUAGUAAUCAACCUCAGGAGAGCCAAAGGUUGCCUACUCCUGUUCUGUUCUAGAUGUUGAAUGCUUACGUCCAUAUGUUCCAAGCGUGUGGCACACAUUUAAUCACCAUAGAUAAUAUCAGAAAAUAAGAGUGGUCUCUCUAAACACUUCUCUAUGUAAGUGGCCCAGUACUGCAACAGAAAGGAAAAAAAUAAAAACACAGUCUGGAGUUUGCAAUAAGUAUCCUUUGUUUUUUAUGGAAAUUGCAAGAUAUAUUUGUUAUAAUGGUCCUUUUCUCAGCUAUUUUAGUACCUGCUUUUUACAAGAAAUUCUUAGAGGGAACUCGUUUAUCUGUGAACGUAUUAUUGUGUUGUUCUGCGACCUUCAGCCUUUAUGUUUUUCAAUAUAUGUAUAUGUUUUAUAUUUAAUAUUUUCUUGACUACAAAUAAGUUAUGGGCCUGUUCGUUUUUCUCCUACAUUGAAAAACUUUGCAGUUUUGGAGACGCCUCAAUGCUUACAUUGUGGGGUUAAACACACCCUUAGUGAUUGUCUCCCUAACAGCCAUUAGAUGGCACGUUUGCAGCCACAACCAAGUCAGACUCAGUUCUUUGACGUUCAAUGACCUCACGCAUUGCACAGGACGUUGAAUGUCCUCUGUUGCUACUUUGUGAUAAGCACUGAAUUCAGUGCUUCUCCUUUGACUGGCAGAGAGCGGCCCACAUGCACCUUUUGUCUGUAAUGCUUCUCUAUAAAAAUAUUUUUGGGACAAAAUGUCAUCAAAGCCGAUGACAUCAUAUAGGUGGAUCAGACUGCUAAAAAGAGACUGUCUCGGCACUGGAUUCCAGUAAGCAAAGUUUUAUUUUAAUUGUUUUUUUUUUCUUGUUUCCUUUUUAUAUAUUAUUAUAUAUAUUAUUUAUAUAUAUAUAUAUAUAUAUAUAUAUAAUAAAAAGUGGUGGGGUGUAAUCAAAUUCACCCUACCCUGAUUUUUGUGCCCCCCCACCCCUUUUUUUUUAAAUUAGUGACCUAUAGUGCUCCUUUAAGUUGUUCUGUUAAUGUACAUGUUCUAAGCUGCAAAGUAAUAGUGUGGAAUUAUUCCUUUUCUCAUUCAUAGGCAGCCUUUUUACUGUGAAAUUCCAGCAGCUAAUAGGUUAAGGAUGGUUGCUGCAUCGAAUAGGGUUAAAGAUGUUUUGUUUGUUCUUUUUUAGAAAAAAUAAUAAUCUACAGAUCUAUAAAACAGUGCGAACGAAUGGGAUACAGAUGUGCAUGUUAUGUGUUGUCCACAAACAAAUGAGGAUUUCCCAAUCCGGCCCGAAAAACUUUAACAAGUAUUAAAAUGUAAUAGUUUGUGUAACGAUGUUAAUGGGAUGGCACACAUUACUCUCCAUCCAUCCAAGAGAUGGAUGAUUGGCAGGAAAUGAAGCCAUGUUUGCAUGGUGGAUUGUUAGGUAUUGCGAUAUUUGUGGUUACUUGGGAUAACUUACAAAGAGGAGGAAGACAUUAUUUGAAAUAUAAACAUAGCUUUCUUGUGUCAUCGGAAUUUAAAUCAAAUGUAACCAAACCCUUUCCUGAACUCCUAGAAGGUCUGUGGUUAGAAGAUAAAACAAACUUAAACCUCUUGUUUACUUUCUAUGAAACACAAUAAUUACAGAAUAACAUCAGCUUCUGAUUAAUUCCUAUCCUUAGCUAAUUCACCUUAUUCUACUAAUGUGCACCCUUGUAUUCAAUGUAAACUUACACAUACGCAGCAAACUGCGAUGUACCGUGUGCUCUGACACCUUUCUAUAAUGGCAAGCAUUAAAGGCACCCAGACCACUUCAGCUGAUUGAAGUGGUCUGAGUGCAUAUUCCCAGGUCCCUUAACCCUGCAAAGGUAAGGAUUCAGGUUUCUAAUUAACUGCAAUAAUUACCUUUAGGGGUUAACUCAACCUCUAGUGGCUGUCUACCCGACAGCCACUAGAGGGCCUUCCGGGUCAUUACGCAACUUUAGUUCGCCUAACUGACGCUGGAUGUCCUCACGCUAUGCAUGAAGGCAUCCAGUGUCACCCGACAGCCCAUAGGAAAGCCCAACCUGUUCUAAUGUGAGCAUGGCCAUUGCCGCACAUUAUGUCCCCUAAGGCGGACUUUGGUAAGCGGGUGAAGUUUUUUAUUAACCCGUUCUGCAUCAUGGGGGUGGGUGGCGCUAUAAAACUUUAUUUUCGAGGCACUAUGGUUUCCCUUUAAGUGUUUGGGAAAUCUGAGCUACAUUAGCUCUUCCGUGUAAUCGCCCUCCCCCGAACGGGCUAGCCUUCGAUCCCCACGUGCAUCAAUGAGCCUUGGUCCCCUGAUGCCGGUUCACUGGUUGUCCUUGAACCACUUUUGGUAGGUAAUAACCACUGCUUUCCAGGAACAGCCCACAAGACUUGCAGUUUAGAGAUGCUUUGAUCCAGUAGUCUAGUCAUUAUUAUUUGCCCUUGUCAAAGUCACUCAGAUCUUUUCUCUUGCCCAUUUUUUCUGCUUUCAACACACGUAAUUUAAGAACUGACUGUUCACUUGCCGUCUAAUGUAGCCCACCCCAUUGACAGGUGCUAUUAUAAUAAUAUAAUCAAUGUUAUUCACUUCACCUGUUAGUGGUAUUAAUGGUGUGGCUGAUCAGUUUAUGUAUUUAUCUAUAACAGUUCUAAUAUAUCGCUCUUGUCAAGAGCACUUUGCAAUUAUGCAAAAAGAACAUUGGCAAUUGUACAGAUAGGGGACAUUAGAUUAGACAUAUGAAAAGAGGAUCCUGCCUAUGGAGUUUAAGCACCCACAAGGUUAUAGGAUCAUUUUGCUGGCUCAAAGCGCAUGAGUGCGAUCUGGGCUGGCAAAGGGAGGGAGAGUUAAAAAUAAACCUCUGUGCAAUGGAGUGAGGCUGGAGGGAGCACACAGUGUGAGAGAUGGGGAAGCAUUCUUCUCCCUUGCAGGUAUUCUGUCUGCAAGGGAGAAGAUCAUUAUAUCUGUCACCAACACACUUUGGGCACUAACGACAGACACAAUAUAUGCACAGAAUUGACCUGGACUCAGAAUUAGGACUUCACUAAAAAGUGGUUUUGACCAAUCUUCAUUAAAAAGGUCAUAUGUGUGUGUAAUAACACUCUUUUCUUCUUGGUACUUUAUUCAACUUCAAAAAAAUUAAAACAUUCUAUUUACAGUCUAGACUAGAGUCUAAUGGGCUCAUUGAGAGAGCACAUCAAUCACUGAUAACGUAUAUAUGUUGUUUUCAAUCAACAAGCCAAUUGCAGUUAGAUUUUCCCACAGAUAACUUGCAUGUAAUUUUCUCGUUUCAAAGUUAUCCUGACAAGUUUAAGAUUUUUUCCCUCUGUAUUUUGUCUAGGUUUCUGUAAUGCAACCUUUUAAUCCCUAUGUUCCAACUCUAUUUCUCCUCACCCCCAAAUUAAAAUUAGUUAAAGAGACAGACUCGGCAGUAAAAUCACUUUUUUUGUUGCAUAUCUGCUGCCUUGAUAACAAUAUCAUAGAAAAGAGUGCUUUUUCUGAAAGCUGUUUUUCGAUUCACCCCCACUUUCAAUUCCUACGGCCUUAGGGGCUGUCAAUCAGAUCUUCCCUCUAAAAUAGAUUCAACAUUUGCAUCUAUUUCUAAGUCUGUUAUCAGCAUGCAAAGUAAGCCUAGGCUGAAUGUUUGACCAAUGCUUUUAAUAGAGAAGCACUAACCUGGUAGACUCUGGUAAUAGUCGUCCACUAAUGCUUCUCAGUGAGAUCAUUUGAUUGACCACUGCCCAACAUGGACAAGAAUUUUGCUUCAGUUAGGAGGUGUUACAGGUGUAGUAACAACAAGGGCACCAAGAGGGUCACUUAUGGCCUUAAGUGGUCCUCAUUAGUGACUAGAUCUUGGUUUGACAAGUCCUCAUAGACAAAAAAAUGGCCAUUUACUAGACCUUAUCUGCCAUUUAUUACCACAAAACACACUUCAAGCUAUUGAAGACCUCCAUUUGUUUCUGGUGUGAAUAUGAUCAGAUUCAGGACUCUAUAACAAAACUCAUACACCUGUGACACUGAUUUGAAACCCCUGCUGUAUCUCAACACUAGAUUUCCCACUGCUUUGUCUUCUAAGGCCAAAGAUUAAUGAGUGUUGUGGACUAACAGCUGGAGUGGUAGACUUUGCCAAUGUCUAUGGUACAGGUUUUUCCUGCCAAAGUAUAUGCCACGUGACCAGGCCUGGGAUUACAUGUUCACGAGAAGUCCAGGAUAAUAUUUCGGCAGGUUAAACGCAAAGAGUUGAGCAAUGUGUACUGUUAUCUAGAUUCCCAGCCCUGAAAGCAUUUUUAAUAACAGACACUAAGUGGCAAUAAGUGGUUUGAACGGAUGUCCCCUGGGACUGCGUAGGAAAUUGUUUGUUUGAGCCAAUAAUAAAUAAAGACACAUCUGAGAAAACGCUUAUUCAAAAGGAUCACAGUUGGAACAAAGACUGCUCUGUUAUGCUCUGUUCUCAUAAAUUAUAUAUAAAUAUGCAAUACAUGGGGCUUGUUUGUUCCAAAUGUUGGAUUUCAAAAUUCUUUUUCAGCCAAAAACAAUUCUUCAAAAUAGUACAUAUAAAAAUGCAAUUAUUUUUUUUUAACCCCAAAACACGCAUGGAGAGUGAAUAAGUUAAUAUGAGUAUUUUACUAGCCACUAUAUCUUACCUUUAAUGUAUAAGGAUGAUGUCCCUGGUGCUCGCCCAUAGUGCAGGAAAGCUGUGAUUGCACCCACAUUCCCUUUCUGCUUUCUUAUGUACUUUAGUGAACAUAAGAAUUGUCUUCUUGGACUGACUGCCAAGGGAGAAAGCUGCAUGGUGACAGAGCUCCUCAGUUAUUUCUGGCAAUUAGCCUUAAUAGUUGUCUUUUUGGAACUUGUACCAAGGAGAUAGCUGUAUCCCAGCUGACAAUCACCUGGCUAUACACAGAACUAAACUGGGACUGUUUACUAGUCCAUUCCUCAAGUGCAUUUGUGGUGGAUUCCCUUGUGGCCUGGUGGACAGCUUGGAAAGAGGGAAGCAGUCUAUCUUUUGUUUGGAGAUGCCCUGUUACCAUCUUGGCUUCCCCACCUCUUGGCAUGUGGGGGUGAUCCCGGCCUACACUGACCGAUCCAGCCUCUCAUGAGGAUCUAUUCUGAAGGCACUAAUGUGCCAUAUCCCAACAACAUCUAACUAAAGGUUCCAAAAUGGCUGACAUCUAUGCUCCUGCCAAGCGGGACUUCCUUCAGGCGUUUGUCUGUGCAGCACCUUUUGUCGGAAGCUGGAAAAUUCCUCUGCAUCUAUGGUGCCUUAGCACCCUACCCAGCUGCAGCAUAGCUUGCGGAGUCUGAGGCUUCAGAGGGCCAAGGUGCUCCCAUUGAUGGCUCCCACACUGGAUGGACAGGGCCAUGUAUCUUCAGGUUGGGUCCUUCGACCCUCACACAGCUCCCACACCGAUAGGAUUCGAAAGCAGUGGCACGAUUACAGAGCUAACCCAGCUCAUUGAUGUAACCCAGCCCUCGGGAAGACUCGGAGCAUCAGAUGCACUGAGAUGAAAGAUCACAGUGCCAAAGCCUGCAAUAGAGCCUGGAGACUGGUUAGCACAUGCCUGCGAUUACAGGAGGCUGUAGGUCUGGAAGUGGAGAGGCAGCAGGAUCCAUUCAGUGAUCGAUCUCCGGGGUCCCGAGCUCUUUGA